AACAAACAAAAAUGAUGCCGGCAAAAGUUUUAAGUGUUGCCACUAUAGUAAAUAGUUUUUUUUUUGCCAUUUUCCCACACGAUUAGUACGAUCCUGAUGUGCCGUCUAAAAGGGCCAUAAGGACUUUACCUUGUUUAACUUACCCUAUUCGAUAUUUCGAUUUUUUACAUAAGAAGUCGAUUAAUCGAUUAGUCGCAUGUCAGCUGUUCAUGGCUUUUGAAUGGAGAAAAUAAAAUUUUGCACUCAUAAAAAUUGGCAAAACCAAUAAAAAAUUCCUCGUAAAAAGAAAAAGUUGUCCCUAAAACAAUGAAAAUCUGGUAAAAGAAAAUGUCGAGUGAUUACUACAGCUCGUUGGCGGGUUCGUCAUUGCCUCAGAGCUCUGCCUCCUCAACAGCGGCCAGCAAUAAUCAGCAAUGUACUUCGACUCGUUGGCUGACGGAGGAGGUUUUUGCCUUAAUAGAUUUGGUCCAAAGAAACGAAGCUAUAUACAAUCCACGUCAUAAAUACUACUUUUGUCGCCCAUAUGUGGAAAAUUUUUGGCGAGAAGUUGAUUUGAAGCUAGAGAAGAAUCCUGGGGCCAGCUUGGCCAAGUGGACCAAUUUAAGGAUUUCCUUUCGCCGCGAGUAUACGAAUUAUUUAGAGGAGAAAGUUCCUCCCUGCUGGACAUAUUUUGAUCGCAUGUUUUUCCUGCAUCCCUAUUUAAGAAAACAUCAACAAUCCAAAUCUCUGGACUCUCAAGUACAGGAUGCUCUGGUCCAAAUCAGUUCUUUAUCCAAUCGUUUGCAAAGAGAAAGAGCAGUUGCUGCAGCAGCUGCAAACUCUAUGGCACAAGGCGGCAGUGCACAUGCAUCAUCGUCACCCACACAACCCCAAUUGGACAAUUAUUUAGAAUACUUUGAUGAUCCCGAGAAUAAUCCUUCCGAAUUGGAUGAUAUGAUUGACGAUGAACCUCCCAACUCAUCCCAAUUUGCCCACUCAACACUGGCCAGCGAUAUCAAGUCAGAGUGUGAGGAUAACCCUGAUGACUAUGACAAUGUCGAACGACCUGUAGUCGAUGAAGACGACAUCCAUGACACAGAUGAUCCUGAAAUGAGAAAUUUUGAUUUUUCCAUGGAAAAGCGACAGCAACAUCAGCAACGCAUGCAAAAUUUGCAAAGAUUUCAGACACGAGCAUUUUAUGACGAAUUUCGCAAUAAACGUGCCCGAUCACAGGAUAACAUUAGUAGUUCGCAGACAUUUGCAACACCACCCAUUAAUAAUGUGUCGUUUGUAAGACCCACCUUUGCCAAGCCCUUGGACGUGGUUAGCACCACCACAAACCAAAAUCAUAUUAAUAGUGGUGGACGCAAUACUAAUAAUAGCAAUAGCAACAAUGCUGGUAAUUCAAGUUCCAACACACCAUCAUCUAUGCAAAAUGAUAUGGAGCCUGUAAGCAACUCUACGCCCCGUUCUUCCCAUCAUCCCUAUACAUCAUCGUUGACUCAUACUCAUCACCAUACACGUUUCGAGAUCUCUAAUCUAAACCCACAGCCUAGUCUUUCAACUAAUGCCGCAAGUCACCAAAUGUCUAAUACUCCGACUAGUUCAGCGGCAGCAGCAAUACCAAAUCCUUCUGCUGGCACCCCAGAAUUAUGUGAUUGUAAAACUGACCCCGAUGCCAUGUUUCUAAUGAGUCUUUUGCCCGAUAUACAAAAGUUGAAUGGACGAGAUCGUGGCAAAAUUAAAAUUGCUUUUCAAAAUAUACUUCAAGACUAUUUGUAUCCAGAUUAGAAUGUGUUUCAAACACAUACUAUGUAUGAAAGAACAAGAUUCCUUAUAUUUAUGUAUGUACAUUUAUAUACAAAAACACAAACAUACACACACACAUGCCCAGACACAAUUGGUGAUACAUUAUAAAUGUAUACUAUUCGUGCUAAUAUAGCAACUAUAUAGAUUUUAAGCAAUGACUUGUGGAUUUCCAUUUUUCCCCCGAAGAAGAUAUACUAUUUGCUUUAAAUGUGCUUGACGACAUUUAAAAAUAAACAAAAACAAAUACGAUCAUGACAUUUCAAA